AUGCAGAUGAUCAUUUCGUCCAUUUUUUUUUCUUCAUUCUUCUUCCUUGCACAGGUGUUGAUAGGUCACAUUUAUGUCGGUGUCCAUUUUCAACCGUCGCGUUUAUCUGUACCUGACUCCACCACAACCACAUUAGGUCACUUAACCCACUUUAUCUAUAUAUCUCUCUCAUCUAUUGUAGGACAAUUCUUACUUCCUCUCCUUUUAUUUUUUCCAUUUUUUUUCCUUCCUUCUGUCCUUUGCCUUUCAAAUUUCCUUGAAAAUAUCUAUCUAUCUAUCUAUCUAUCUAUCUAUCUAUCUAUCACAGUCUGUUUCUAUCUAUGUAUCUAUCUAUCACAGUCUGUUUCUAUCUAUCUAUCUAUCUAUCUAUCUAUCUAUCUAUCUAUCUAUCUAUCUAUCUAUCACAGUCUGUUUCUAUCUAUCUAUCUAUCUAUCUAUCUAUCUAUCUAUCUAUCUAUCUAUCUAUCUAUCUAUCUAUCACAGUCUGUUUCUAUCUAUCUAUCUAUCUAUUUAUCUAUCUAUCUAUCACAGUCUGUUUCUAUCUAUCUAUCUAUCUAUCUAUCUAUCUAUCUAUCUAUCUAUCUAUCUAAGUUUCCUGUAAUAUCAUUUUUAACUUUCUUUCUUUCUUUCUUUCUUUCUUUCUAUUUUCAUUUUCUUUCUUUCUUUCUUUCUUUCUUUCUUUCUUUCUUUCUUUCUUUCAUUUUUCUUUUUUCUUUCUUACUUUCCUUCUUUCUUUCUUUUUUCUUUCUUACUUUCUUUCUUUCUUUCUUUUUUCUUUUUCUUUCUUUCUUUUUUCUUUCUUUCUUUCUUUUUGCUUUCUUUCUUUCUUUCUUUCUUUCUUACUUUCAUUCUUUCUUUCUUUUUUCUUUCUUUCUUUUUUCUUUCUUACUUUCUUUCUUUCUUUUUGCAAUCACCUUGUUUUUUCUUUCUUUUUUCUUUUCUCUUUCUUUUGCAAUCACCCCCUCCCCCUUUCCUUUUCGAAUCCACUCUUUCUGUUUUUGUUUGUAUAUUUCUCUUUUCUUUCUUUCAUUCUUUCUUUUGCAAUCACCUUGCAUCUCUUUCUUUCAUUCUUUCUUUUGCAAUCACCUUGCAUCUCUUUCUUUCAUUCUUUCUUUCUUUUCUUUUUUCUUUUUCUUUCGUCUCUCUUGUUUUCUUUCUUUUUUUUAUAGCCAUUCUUUCUUUCACUUUUAUUUGCAUCUUGCCUCCUUUCCACUCCUCUUUCUUGAUUGUUUGUUCCUUUCUUUUCCAAUUACCUUGCUUCUUUUUCAUUUUUUCGAACGCAUCUCUCUUUCCUUUUUUAUUUUUUCGAAUCCACUCUCUCUUUCAUUUUUAUUUGCUACUCCUUCUUUCGGUUUCAUUUCUUUCUUUCUUUCUUUGAACCCACUCUCGCUUUUGUUUUCGUUUGUAUCUUUCAUCCAUCUUUCGAUUCACUUUUGUUUGAUUGUUUGUUUGAUUGUUUGUUUGAUUUUUGGUUUGUUUGUUUGUUUGUUUCUUUCUUUCUGUCUUUCUUUCUUUCUUUCUUUCUCUUUUCUUUCUUUCUUUGUUACUUUCUUUCUUUUUUCUUUCUUUCUUUUUUUUUGUUUUUUCGAACCCACUCUCGCUUUCGUUUUCAUUUGUAUUUAUCACCCAUCUUUCGAUUCACCUUUGUUUGUUUGUUUCUUUCUUUGUUUUUCUUUCUUUCUUUCUUUCUUUCUUUCUUUCUUUUUUCUUUCUUUCUAA